GCCAGGCAGGGAAGGAGGGAGUGGGACACAUUCUGGGAGUGCGGCGGGGAGGAGUUCUGGCUGCGCUAAGCGAGGGUUGCUGCUUGGUGGUGCCAGAGCCCAGGCCCCAGAGCCUUGCUGGAGAGGACGUGAACCGAGGAGGCAGGCCCCUCGAGGAGUGAGGCAGUGAGAUGGCAGACUGCUACACGGAGCUGGAGAAGGCGGUUGUAGUUCUGGUGGAAAACUUCUACAAAUAUGUGUCUAAGCACAGCCUGGUCAAGAACAAGAUCAGCAAGAGCAGCUUCCGAAAGAUGCUUCAGAAAGAGCUCAACCACAUGCUGACGGACACGGGGAACCGAAAGGCUGCUGACAGGCUCAUCCAGAACCUGGAUGCCAACCACGAUGGACGCAUCAGCUUCGACGAGUACUGGACCUUGAUAGGAGGCAUCACCAGCCCCAUCGCCAACCUCAUCCGCCAGCAGGAGCAGCAGGGCAGCAGCUAAAGUACCCCCACCGUUCCCUCACGGCACUGCCCCGGUGCCCACCCCUCAUGCUCUUCCCAGCCUCCUGCCCACCCAGGCCCUGUCCUCACUUCUCCCUCCAGACCUUCUGCUGACCGUUGCUGAACAGGGGGUGGGGAUGAUGUCAGGGCCUCUUUGUGAGCAUCUCAGUCUGGGGGUGCCUCUCUCAGGGUCUCAGUCCCUGGAGCCAGCAGGCCCUGGGAGUCCGGGCUUCGGUGAAAUUUCAGUGCUGUUUGGGGACCCCCAAGAGUUUCCUCAGUCCAUCUACCCUUCCAACAUCUGACGUUCCUGCCUAACUCUGAGUCUCUCCUGACCUCUGGAGGUCAGCUCGCUGCUCUAGGUCUUCCUGCUCCUGGCAUCAGCAGCGGCCACCUCUUCCCUUCCCCUUAGCCCCUCUGCUGGGGAAAGGCUGCCAGGGACUGCCCUCCAGGUGCCUCUGGGUCUGGGAAGAGAUAAGCAGGGUUGAGCUCGCUCCCUCCUCCUUAGCCCCUGAAGCAUGGCAAUAAAGGCUGGAUUUGAAAUUUAUGUCCCUCUCACUCAGUCCCUUUGUGAUGAUCAUUAAAACCUUUCCACUCUU